AUGGUGAUCCAACAAGUGGGCAGCAGGGGGCGAGUGGCGGCCGAGCUGUUUGAAAGGAGAAGGGGCAGUCGCUGUGAGGACAAAAAACAGACACUGUUGGCAUUGCUGAUCUUGGUGCUGUACGUGGGCACAGGAAUAUCAGAAAGAAGUUGGGAAGUGUCAGAAAGGAUCAGAGAAUGUAACUAUCCCCAGAAUCCCGUGGCUUCCCAGGGAUUUGAGUACCAGACCAAUGAACCCGCAGAAGAGCCAAUAAAGGUCAUCAGGACCUGGUUGAAGGAAAACUUGCAUGUCUUCCUGGAGAAGCUAGAGAAAGAGGUGCGAGAGCUGGAGCAGCUGGUCCGGGACCUGGAGGAGUGGUUAGAUGCUCUUCUGGGAGAGGAGCACCAGGAGGAUCCCUGCUCCAACUUCAAAAAUCACCUGUGA